AUGGCGCACAGGAAGUGUCUUUCCUGUGUGACCAGUUCUUUCCGCUGCCACUGGUGCAAGUACAGAAACCUCUGCACCCACGACCCCUCCAGCUGCUCUUUCCAGGAGGGACGCGUCAACGCCUCUGAGGACUGUCCUCAACUGGUCCGCUCUGAGGAGAUCCUGAUCCCGGCGGGGGAGGUGAAGCCCAUCACACUAAAAGCUCGGAACCUUCCACAACCUCAGUCGGGUCAGCGCGGCUACGAGUGUGUGUUACACAUACAAGGAGUCAGUCAUAGAGUUACGGCGCUCAGAUUCAACAGCUCCAGCGUACAGUGCCAGAACAGCUCGUAUCUGUAUGAAGGGAUGAGGAUCAGUGAGCUGCCGGUGGAUUUCUCAGUGGUGUGGAAUGGAAACUUCAUCAUUGACAAUCCUGAGAACAUCAAAGUGCACCUGUAUAAGUGUGGCGCUCAGAGGGACAGCUGCGGCGUGUGUUUGAAGGCCGAGAGGAAGUUCCAGUGUGGUUGGUGCAGUAUGGAGGGCCGCUGUACCCUACGCCAGCACUGUCCCAUGUCCAACCCCUACACCAGCCGCUGGCUUCACCUCGCCAGCACAAACGUCAAGUGCACCAACCCUCGAAUCACUGAGGUGACCCCAGUGGCCGGACCACCAGAAGGGGGCACCAGAGUGACCAUCCGUGGUGUGAACCUGGGUCUGUCCUUCUCAGACAUGGUCAACAACGUGCAGGUAGCGGGAAUCCAGUGCACCCCACAAGAAAACGGCUACAUCAUUGCUGAACAGAUUGUGUGUGAGAUGGAUGCAGCUCCCACAGACAGUAAACCCGGCCCGGUCCAUUUGUGCGUAGGGGAGUGUAAGCCAGAGCUCCAGACACGCUCUUCUCAACUCUAUUCCUUUGUGGUAAGACCUUGA